AUGACGCUUUAUCCUUGGAGAUCCCAACAACAGAGAAGAGAUAAGAAGAGCGGACCCGGAGACAACCUACUUCAUGAAGCCUGUAGAGAGGGUGACUUAAGUCGGGUGCGGACAAUCAUGUCUAAGGGUCAAGUCGACAUUGACAGCAGAGAGGGAGAGCACGGGAGGACGCCAGUGAUGUUGGCAGCACGAGGGGGACAUAGAGGUGUGUUUGAGAUUCUAGUCAGAAAAAGAUGUAAUAUGUCCCUUCUUGAUAAUAACGACAACAACAUUCUUCAUAUGGCCUGCUAUGGAGGACAAAUUGCGAUCGUGAAACGUGUUCUCUCGCUUGACAUUGUGGACAUCAACAGUAGUGGUUAUAUUGGGAGCACGUGUGUGAUGGUAGCGGCACACCGGGGGAAAAUAGAUCUCUUAAAAUACCUUGUCAAUGAGGGAGGCGAUGUGUCCCUGAUAGAUAAAGCCAAUGACAACAUUCUUCAUAUAGCCUGUAGAGGAGGAAACGUGGAGAUGGUGAAGUAUAUUAUCUCACAGGACAUUGUGGACGUAAAUAGCAAAGGACGUGGCGCUAGAACAGUCGGGAUGGUCGCAGCACAUUUGGGAUACACAAACAUAUUUGACUUAUGUGCAUGUGCAGGUUGUAAUUUGUCGGCAGUUGAUGCUCAAGGCAACAACGUUCUUCACGUGGCCAUUCUUGGAGGACAUAUUAGGAUGGUGAAGCAUGUACUCGCACAGAGACUUGUGAAUAUCAAUAGCAGAGGAAUGAAUGGGAAGACACCAUUAAUGUUUGCAGCAUUCGAGGGACAUACAGAGGUGAUUGACUUAAUACUGAGUGAAGGAGGUGAUGCUUCACUUGUUGACAAGAAUGAUGACAACAUCCUACAUUGGGUGUGUCGUGGAGGACACGUAGAGAUGGUGAAGUAUGUCAUCUCACUGAACUUUGUCGAUAUCAACAGCAGAGGAGAGUACGGAAGGACACCAUUGAUGGUAGCAGCAGCUAAAGGACAUAGAAAGGUGUUUGACUUAGUAAUGAGUAAAGGAGGUAAUGCUUCACUUGUGGACAAGAAUGGUGACAACAUCCUUCAUGGUGUGUGUUAUGGAGGACACGUAGAGAUGGUGAAGUAUGUCAUCUCACAGGACUUUACCGACAUCAACAGCAGAGGACAGUACGGACGGACACCAAUGAUGGCUGCAGCAACUAAUGGACACAGAGAGGUGUUUGACUUAAUACUGAGUAAAGGAGGUGAUGCUUCACUUGUGGACAAGAAUGGUGACAACAUCCUUCAUGGUGUGUGUUAUGGAGGACACGUAGAGAUGGUGAAGUAUGUCAUCUCACAGAACUUUACCGACAUCAACAGCAGAGGACAGUACGGACGGACACCAAUGAUGGCUGCGGCAAAUAAUGGACACAGAGAGGUGUUUGACUUAAUACUGAGUAAAGGAGGUGAUGCUUCACUUGUGGACAAUAAUGGUUACAACAUCCUUCAUUGUGCGUGUCUUGGAGAACACGUAGAGAUGGUGAAGUAUGUCAUCUCACUGAACUUUGUCGAUAUCAACAGCAGAGGAGAGUACGGAAGGACACCGAUGAUGGUUGCAGCAGAUAAGGGACACAGACAGGUGUUUGACUUAAUACUGAGUAAAGGAGGCGAUGCUUCACUUGUGGACAAGAGUGGUGACAACAUCCUUCAUUGUGUGUGUCGUAGAGGACACGUAGAGAUGGUGAAGUAUGUAAUCUCACUUAACUUUGUCGAUAUCAACAGCAGAGGAUAUAACGGACGGACACCAAUGAUGGUUGCAGCAGUUAAGGGACAAAGAGAGGUGUUUGACAUGGUAAUGAGUAAAGGAGGUGAUGCUUCAAUUGUGGACAAGAGUGGUGACAACAUCUUACAUUGGGUGUGUCGUGAAGGACACGUAGAGAUGGUGAAGUAUGUCAUCUCACUGAACUCUGUCGACAUCAACAGCAGAGGAGCUUACGGACGGACACCAAUGUUUCCUGCAGCAGCUAAUGGACACAGAGAGGUGUUUGACAUAAUACUGAGUAAAGGAGGUGAUGCUUCACUUGUGGCCAAGAGUGGUGAGAACAUCCUUCAUUGUGUGUGUCGUGGAGGACACGUAGAGAUGGUGAAGUAUGUCAUCUCACUGAACUUUGUCGAUAUCAACAGCAGAAGAUAUAACGGAUGGACACCAAUGAUGGUUGCAGCAGUUAAGGGACACAUAGAGGUGUUCGACUUGGUAAUGAGUAAAGGAGGUGAUGCUUCACUUGUGGACAAGGAUGGUCAAAACAUCCUACAUCUCGCCAGUUGGCAAGGACAUGUGAUGAUGGUGAAGCAUAUUCUUUCUAAAACUAUUGUUGAUCUUAAUGCUAAAGAUAAGUUUGGAGCUACAGCGGCAAUGAUUGUAAACAGAACAAAACACAAGGCAAUGUAUGACCUCCUCAAAUUGUUAGGCUAA